CCGGUGUGUGUGUCACAUUGACAUGAGUCCGUGGAACAGCAACAGCAGCAUGUUGUGGAGCUGCUGAAGAGACGCGAUGUUUUCCGGGUUGAAGGAUCGAGUCGGUUCGGUUCUGUUACCGGGAGAUGAGUUCUCCUUUCAGACCGACGACACCAUCUCUCUCACGGAGCCCGUUCAGCCGGAGAAGGUGCUGUGUGGUCCGGGUCUGAGGCGGAGCGGAGACCGGCUGCUGGUCUCUAAAAGCGGCGUCCUCCGACACAAACAGCCCAACGUGUUCUGGAUGGACUCCCAGCAGAGGAGGUAUGUCCCCGCUAAAGGAGAGACCGUCAUCGGCAUCGUGACGGUCAAAUCGGGAGACGUCUUCAAGGUGGACUUUGGAGGAAGUGAGCAGGCGUCUCUGUCCUACCUGGCUUUUGAGGGAGCCACCAAGAGGAACCGCCCCAACGUCCAGGUGGGUGACCUGGUGUUCUCUCAGUUCAUCAUAGCCAAUAAGGACAUGGAGCCGGAGCUGGUGUGUAUGGACAGUUCAGGACGAGCCAAUGGGAUGGGAGUGUUUGGAGGAGGAGGUCUGCUCUUCACCGUCUCUCUGGGACUCGUCAGAAGACUGCUGUCCCCCCACAGCGACGUCCUGUCUGACCUGCAGCAGCUGUUUCCCUGUGAGCUGGUGGUCGGGAUGAACGGCCGUCUGUGGGUGAAGUCCUCCAGCGUUCAGCGGACGCUCGUCAUCUCCAACCUGCUGCAGAGCUGCGACACCAUGACGGCCCAGCAGAGACAGCAGCUGUUCAGGAGGGUGGCACAGGGGGCGCUGUAGACCACAUCGGACCACAGAUCGUUGGUAGCUCGGAAACGACAGCACCCGAUGGGGGUGGCGAAGCGGACCGUGAACUCACCACGACAUCGAAGUCUUCGUCGGCGUCCAGAACCAGCAGGCUGAUCUGGUCCUGCAGCUGAGGGAGGUCUCUGGACGGGAUGAACCACUCCCACU